AUGACAUCAUUUUCAAAGGAGGGAUUUUUAUGGACACCGGAAGGAUGUCAAGAUGGCUUAGAAACCAAUGCAGUACAAAGUAGCUCCGCAAACAUUCAUGAAAGCUACGAUGUUAUCGUCAUAGGAGCAGGCUUCACAGGUCUAAUCGCAGCACGAGAAUUGAGUCAAAGACACAAUCUCAAGGUGCUCAUUUUGGAAGCAAGAGAUCGGAUUGGCGGACGCACAUGGACGGCUAAAGCUUUGGGGAAGAGCGAACUUCGCCGGUAUGGACUCCACACCAAUCUGAAGACCUCAGCAGGAACCGCUACACCCACAAAGCAAAUAUUCAAACACGGGUCGGCUCCUCCCCAGGAGAUAUCUCUUGAGGAUUCACUGGAUACUUUGGAACGACUUGCCGAAGCAUUCUUCACGAUUGAAGGGAACAACAGUCGCCAGCUCAUGCCAUACCCUCAUGACCCCUUCAAGGGAGGUGCCCCAUGGUCAAAGUAUGAUCAUCUUUCCGUGAAAGAUAGACUGGUCAAUUUGUCUGAAUUUUCCGACUGGGAGAAGGCGCUAUUCGAGUCGAAUGUGAGCACUUUCGGCAGUGCACCCGGAAAAGACAUCGCGUUCACAGAAGCACUUCGGUGGUAUGCUCUAAGCGGACACAGCAUGGCUGGUGUAUUCGAAUUAGCUGGCACAUACAAAAUUGGCAAUGGGGGUAUGACUUCUUUUGCGCGAGCAAUUUUAGGCGAAUACAGAGGGCAUAUGGUGUUUGAGACGACUGUGAAAGAGAUCAGACAAAGCAACUCAGCGGUCGAGGUUAUCACGAAGCUUGGCCACUCUAUCAAAGCGAUAUACCUCAUAUCGACUAUUCCAUUGAAUUGUUUGGCCGACGUGACAUUCAGGAACUCAAUCUCUUCCCAGUCCAUCCGGCAGUCUGCAAUCGCCAAGGGACAUAUCAACAAGGGGGCAAAAGUGCACUUCAAACUCGGGGAUAUUGAAUCAGGCUGGUUUGCAACCGCUGACUCUCAGGAUUCGGCUUAUGUAUUUGCCUUCUCCGACCACAAUGGCACUCAGGGGUCGGAUACAUCGGGCACUUGGUGCAUUGGAUUUGGAUACAACAUGGGCUUGAAAGAUCCGAAAAAUUCCAAGGAUAUUAUAAAUCGCUUUCAGAAGGAUGUCCGCCCGGGUGCUCGAGUCGAAGCAUACGCCUCUCAUGACUGGGUCAAUGAUCCUUACUCAAAGGGUGGCUGGGCUUGUUGGGGGCCCGGGUGUGCGUCGACCUUUCUUCAGGAACUCCAAAAGCCUGAUGGGAGAAUUCUUUUUGCAAGCGCUGAUUGGGCAGAUGGAUGGAGAGGUUUCGUUGAUGGAGCAAUCGAGCAGGGUCAGCAAGCUGCCCAAAAUGUCAUCGCUCUUCUGCGAUCGGAGGCUAUGAUACAGCGGUCAAAGCUUUGA